GACCCAGACGCCCCGGACCCGCGGCGGAUCCUGCGGGACUGCAUGGAUCGGUCGAUGGCGACGAUCUCGCGCCUCUCGGCCGCCAGUCCGGCCGAGAUCCGAGCGAUCCACGAGCGGCUGAGCGAGCGGGACCGCUCCCUCCUCGCCGGCCUCUACGGCAAGACGGCAGCCGUCACGCUGGGUGCGUCGGGCGUCUCGCUCUUCCUGACGUCGGCGAUCGGCCCACGAACGGCGGUGAGCGCAAUCCUCGGAGGCAUCACUGCCGGCGCCGUGGGCGCCGCCACGGCCGUCGCCGCCGUCGCAACACGCACUCCGGACGUGCUCCUCGAGGCGGCGCGCACCGGCGGGCCGAGCGCUCUCGCGGACGAGAUCGUCUGCCUAGAUGCGGAACACAGAUCAGCCUGUUCCGUAGCGC